AUGGUAGCACCUACAGCAGGCUUGCUCCUUUUGCUGUGGUCUUGCCUGGCUGGCUCUUUAUCCGUCCAAGCCCUCGACAAGCGUGAUACAUCUUCCUCUUGCUCACAGAUUGCGUCUUCCAUAUCAUCAGCAUCUAGUGUUUAUUAUCCUGGUGCGCCACAAUGGAUGGAAGAUAUCGAGCAUUUUUCUUCUUCAAGCACACAGCAAGCUACAUGCUCCGUUGAACCGGGAACACCUCAAGAUGUUGCAGUCGUGCUAAGAAUCCUUGGUUCUACCAAUACUACGUUCGCUGUUAAAGGGGGUGGACAUACGUCCAACCCGACGUUUUCUUCCACCACGGGUGUACAGAUAUCUAUGACUCGUUUCUCUGGCGUUACCUAUAAUGCAGGUACCUCCACCGUGGACGUAGGCUCCGGUCUGCUAUGGGAUGACGUUUACUCUGCUCUGGCCCCUUACAACGUCACUGUCGUCGGCGGUCGCGUCUCGGGUAUAGGCGUGGCGGGUUUCACACUUGGAGGGGGCUAUUCAUUUUUAACAAGUCAAUACGGCCUCACUCUGGACACUGUCACGGGGUUUGAGCUUGUGACCCCUACUGGAGCUAUUCUUGAGGUAACGCAAUCAUCUUAUCCGGAUUUGAUGUUUGCCCUUAAAGGCAUUGUUACUAGAUUUACAUUACAAACGUACCCCAUAGGGGAGGUAUGGGGUGGUAUUAUCGUCUAUCCAGCUAGUAGUAUGACCGCUGUGAGCUCGGCAAUCGGGAAUUACACCGCAAAUGUAAGAGACCCGAAAGCAGCCUUGCUGGCAGCCUAUAACUACGCAGCGAGUCAGGUCAUAGGCUCUCUGACAUUCUUCUAUGACGGGCCAACUCCACCUGAUGGAAUUUUCGACGAAUUUUUGGCUAUCCCCGCACUGGAGAAAGACGUGAGCUCCAGAAGCUGGCUGAGCUUAUUUAGAUAUUGGGGAGCGCAGCUUGCUCUCCAGUCUGCGGAGCUGGUGUCCUAUGACAUUGAGCCUUUCCUGCCAUCGCUAUAUUCCCAUGGGUCGACCUCGACUUCUGCUUGGCCUCCUAUUCGUGCUGUGCCAUACCUGCCCAUGAAUAUCUAUUAUGCUUGGGCUUCCUCUUAUAGCGACAACGACUUCUAUGAAGCCGCCCAACAAAGCGUCGCAACGGUGAAAGCAGCAGCCAUUGCGAUGGGGCAAAACGUGGAAAGUUCAUUUGUGUAUGGUAACUACGCCAUAUUCAGCACGCCGAUUACGCAGAUCUUUGGAGACCAGUUGCCAAGGCUGGAGGCUAUCAGGGCUUCAGUCGAUCCUCACAACGUAAUGGCACUAACUGGAGGCUGGCGCAUUCCGUAUUGA